UUCCUGUUGUAAAAGGGGGCGGGGUUUGUCGUCAUUGACGUGUACUGGCUCUGUUAGAGAUGCGCGAGCAGCAGGAGCUACAGCUGAUCAUCCGAGGAACACUAACUAGGUAGUGGGGAUGGCUACAGAUAGAGGGAUAGUGGAAGACUGGCUCUCAGAGUUCAAGGGCCUGUCUGAAGCGCAGCUGUCUGCUUAUGCUGGGAUCCUCCCCCAGAAGGAUACGCUGGUACCUGCCCUCUACAGAGUCAUUCAGGACCCCGACACUGAGCUGCUGGAGCCUGUGUGCCACCAACUCUUCGAGCUGUACCGCAGUUCAGAGGAGCGUCUGCAGCGCUUUACUCUGCAGUUCCUCCCCGAGCUGCUCUGGGUUUACCUGCGCAGACGCAGACACAGCAGCAGCUGCAUAGAGGCUCUUCUGCUGGGCAUUUACAACCUGGAAAUUGUGGAUAAAGACGGAAACAGCAAGCUGUUAUCUUUCAUGAUCCCGUCCCUGUCCAAACCAUCCAUAUAUCAUGAGCCGUCCAGUCUGGGCUCCAUGGGUUUGACUGAGGGAGCGCUCUGUCAACAUGACCUGAUCAGAGUGAUCUACAGUGGCCUGCACCCGCAGAGAGAGACUUUCACUGCCCAGAACAGGUUUGAGGUAUUGUGUUUCCUGAUGUUGUGCUAUAAUUCAGUGGUGGUCUACAUGCCCCCCUCUUCACACCAGGCCGUCUGCAGAAUGAGCUCCCGGCUGUGCGUGUGCGGGUUUCCUCGGCAGCAGCUGAAGGCAUGGACGGCUCCCUGCAUACGUGUGUUGUUGGACCCAGAGUUCAUGGUGCAAAUGCUGACUGCGGUCUAUCAUGCCAUAUAUAACGGGGAGUGGGAUGCUGGGAGAGAGGCGCUGGAUGAUAUCCUGUACAGAGCUCAGCUGGAGCUGUAUUCUGAGCCGCUGCUGCUGGGCACUGCCAUGAAGAGCUCUCUGCCGGACUGCAAACCAGACGGAUCCCAGGGGAAGAAGAUCCUGCAGUUGGAGGAGACUCCCACCAUCAGCCGAAUCUCCCACUGCACCAUCACAGCGGCAUCCAUCCGCAGACUGCGCUGGAAGAGAGAGGAUUGUUUUGACUUCUCAAGUGAUGCAGAAUUCAGCCUCACCAUCUACCCCAGCCGACAUGCCCCCUGGGAUCCUGCCGCCAAUCUUGAGCCAGGAGGGAGGGGCUCUCUCACAGUCACACACGAGGAUCCAGACCAGCCCAGCAGAGAGGAAGAGUCCUUCGUCCUGAACGAUCCAGAUGAGGGCUUCUCGUCCGGAGCGUCCAAUAGCAGCCAGCCGAGCGGUUUCCGUGGGAACGCGGUGCCAGGUGCGUCCGGCCGAGGGAGCAGCUGUAAGAAGAGCCGCAUGUCCACAGAGAAACACUGGGACGCUCGGAGGAGAGCCCAUCCGUGUCCAGCUCCGGUGAGCAGCAGCACCUCCUGCACAGCUCUCGACCGCAGGCCAGAUAUGAGCUCGACGGCUCUCGACCGGAGGCCAGCCGUACCUGAUGUGAGCUCAACGGCUCUCGACCGGAGGCCAGCCGUACCUGAUGUGAGCUCGACUGCUCUCGACCGCAGGCCUGAUGUGAGCUCGACUGCUCUGGACCGCAGGCCAGCUGUACCUGAUGUGAGCUCGACGGCUCUGGACCGCAGGCCAGCCGCACCUGAUGUGAGCUCGACGGCUCUCGACCGGAGGCCAGCCGUACCUGAUGUGAGCUCGACGGCUCUGGACCGCAGGCCAGCCGCACCUGAUGUGAGCUCGACGGCUCUCGACCGGAGGCCAGCCGUACCUGAUGUGAGCUCGACUGCUCUCGACCGCAGGCCUGAUGUGAGCUCGACUGCUCUGGACCGCAGGCCAGCCGUACCUGAUGUGAGCUCGACGGCUCUCGACCGCAGGCCAGCCGUACCUGAUGUGAGCUCGACGGCUCUGGACCGCAGGCCAGCCGUAACUGAUGUGAGCUCGACGGCUCUCGACCGCAGGCCAGCCGUACCUGAUGUGAGCUCGACGGCUCUGGACCGCAGGCCAGCCGUACCUGAUGUGAGCUCGACGGCUCUGGACCGCAGGCCAGCCGCACCUGAUGUGAGCUCGACGGCUCUCAACCGCAGGCCAGCCGCACCUGAUGUGAGCUCGACGGCUCUCGACCGCAGGCUAGAUGUGAGCUCCACGGCUCUCGACCGCAGGCCAGAUGUGAGCUCCACGGCUCUCGACCGCAGGCCAGCCGCACCUGAUGUAAGCUCCACCGCAGAAUGGAGCUCAACUGGUGCUGAAGCGCGCAGAUACUCCAAGCUCAGCCUGCAGGAGCAACAUCUGCCCGAGACAGAGCUGCUCUCACCCAAACACUCCCGGUCGCCCAGCUUCAACAUGCAGAUCAUCUCACAGGUGUAGAACUGGAUCCUCCACCACAUCUCUGAACACUUAGUUUGACUGUCAAUUCUCAAAAGAAUAAUUUACCUUAAAAAUGGGAAUCAUCAUUAUUUACUCAGCCUCAUGAUAUUCCAUACCUGUACUGUUUUCUUUUUUUCCAUGAAACAUAAAAGUGGUCCAAACUA